UUUCGGUACGUUACUGAUUGUUUUUGUUGGAUUAUUUAAUAGUGAGAAAAAUGGUGGUUGACAUGGAAUUGGAAGGAGCAAAAGAAGCUGUUUUACAGCUAAUGAAGGAGAAGGAAAAAAUUGAAAAUGAUUUAAAAGAAGCCAGUGCAAUCUUGGAAUGUAAUCGUGUGGGAAUGAGCGAUGAAUUAGUCGAUUUGGAUGGAUUUCCCAGAGGUGAUAUUGAUGUUUAUCAGGUCAGACACGCUCGCCAUAAAAUUAUCUGUCUUCAGAAUGAUCACAAGAAUAUUAUGAAGAAAAUUGAAGACGGUUUACACAAGGUUCAUGGUUUAACGGGAAAAAGUCCCCAGAAUUCGCCAGUGCCGACUUCAAGUGCUAUCCAGGAAAAUGUUUAUUUUGAACCAUUCUUAAGAGUGAAUUUGGUCACUCCCGGAUCACCGGCUGAAUUAGCAGGAAUUCAGGUCGAAGAUCUUAUAAUGGAAUUUGGGUCCAUUAAUAUUAAAAACUUCAAAUCAUUAAAAGAUGUUGGAUCUCUCGUCGAAAGCAGUAUAAAUAAGAAUGUCAUUGUUCGAGUUAAACGAAACGCAAAUACGAUCGUUUUGUCUUUAACUCCACGACCUUGGAGUGGAAAAGGUCUUCUUGGUUGUAAUGUGAUCCCAUUGGAAACUGUCGAAAGAUAAAUCUUCAUAGUAUUGUAUUCCACUAUUUUCAUUAUUUUAUUUAAAAUAAUUUCAAAUUUAUCUUCUAAAAGUAAAAAGCAGUUAAUACAAUUCAUACAAUUGAUUCAAUUUAUAUAAUUACAGUCGAUUACUUCUAGUUUUAAAUUUAUAAAAUCUAUGUAAAAAAAACCCUUGGCCAUUUAAUUAAUAAAAUAUAUUAAAUUUA